AUGGGAUGCAACUGCUAUUAAGUGGGAUAUUAUUUACAGAUGUAUUCAAUAAUUAUAAAUAUGGAAACAAAUAACUAAUUGUAAAUGAAGUAACUCUUUUAAUUGAGUGGACAUAAACAUGGAGUUGCAGUAUAAGGAGACGAAAAUUUAAAUUUUAUAAAUGGCUCAUAAGAUGAUAUUCUGCAUUCCUGGUCCAAAGAAACUAAAUUAAAAAGUGUAUAGGCUCAUUAGGAUAUCAUCAGGGAAAUUCUACCUUCUCCUUUGGGAGGGUAUUUGACAUGCUCUAAUGAUCAAACAAUUAAACUCAGGUCUAAUGAUCUUGAAUUGAUUCAGACCUUUUUAGGACAUAAAAGCUUUGGUUUUACAAUGAAAGUUCACAUGGAUCAACUGAUUAGUGGAGGUAAGGAUAGAUUAGUAAAUAUCUGGAAUUUAAAUGGUAAUCCCAAACAAACCAUUUAAUUGCCUGAUGCUGUGUUGAGUGUAGCUAUCAAUAAUUAUAAAGACAUCAUUAUUGGAACAAGUGAUGGCAAGGUCUGAAUAUCUACCUCUGAUCCAGCUAGAUAUGCUCCUUAGAGUGAAAUUAAAGGGCUAGAGUAGGAAGCCUUGUUAGUCAAUGCCAAAAAGGAAGGAG